UGGAUGGGCGGGGACAAGACUACUCCUUUCUGUCUGUAUAGGGUCCAACCCAGGGAUUCUGGACGGGAUGGGAGGCCUAGAUCACCUGGGGUUUGGGACUGAGCCAGGAGUCAGAUCCGACCGAGUGGAGAUGUCCCUUUAACAUUGGCCUGGAUCCCAUGCAUGGCUGUUCUGCUCCCAGUUCAGUUGCAGCUGAAGCUGCCUGCUGACUCAUGCACUAGGCGCCAGCAGGAACUGGGAACAUGGCUUCUGCUGCCGUGGCAGCACUCAUGGGCUGGGGGCUUCUGGAUUACAAGACCGAGAAGUACGUGAUGACAAGAAACUGCCGGGUGGGCGUCUCUCAGAGGCUGCUGCAGCUGGGAGUGGUAGCCUACGUGAUAGGGUGGGCCCUCUUGGCCAAAAAAGGCUACCAGGAAUGGGACUUGGACCCCCAGAGUUCUGUCAUCACUAAACUCAAAGGUGUUUCCGUGGCCCAGAUUAAGGAACUAGAGAACCGGCUGUGGGAUGUGGCUGACUUCGUGAAGCCAUCACAGGGAGAGAAUGUGUUCUUCCUGGUGACCAAUUUCCUCGUGACACCAGCUCAAGUCCAGGGCAGAUGCCCAGAGCACCCUUCCGUUCCUCUGGCUAAUUGCUGGGAUGACACGGACUGCCCUGAAGGGGAGACAGGAACGCAUAGCCAUGGCAUAAAAACGGGUCAGUGUGUGGUGUUCAACGGAACCCACAGGACCUGUGAGAUUUGGAGCUGGUGCCCGGUGGAGAGCGGUGCUGUUCCCAGGAAGCCCCUCCUAGUUCAGGCUAAGAACUUCACACUUUUCAUAAAAAAUACUGUCACCUUCAGCAAGUUCAACUUCUCCAAAAACAACGCCUUAGAUACCUGGGACAGCACCUAUUUCAAGCAUUGUCGCUACGAUCCACACUGGAGCCCGUACUGUCCAGUUUUCUGCAUUGGGGACCUUGUGGCCAUGGCUGGAGGGGACUUUGAGGACCUGGCAUUGCUGGGUGGUGCUGUGGCCAUCAGAAUCCACUGGGACUGCAACCUGGACACCAGGGGCUCUGACUGCCGUCCCCAGUACUCUUUCCAGCUGCAGGAGAGGGGCUACAACUUCAGGACAGCCAAUCACUGGUGGGAAGCCUCCGGUGUGGAGGCCCGGAGCCUGCUCAAGCUCUAUGGGAUCCGCUUUGACAUUCUUGUCACUGGGAAGGCAGGGAAGUUUGCACUCAUUCCGACGGCCAUCACAGUGGGCACAGGAGCAGCUUGGCUGGGCAUGGUCACCUUCCUCUGUGACCUGCUGCUACUGUACGUGGAUAGAGAAGCCCGUUUCUACUGGAGGACCAAGCAAAGGCUCCAAAGGCAACUAUCAACACUGCAUAGACUGAGCUGGAAUUCACACCUGCACUGCCGCUCAAGUGUCUCGGUGGGGAUUUGCACCUGCCCCAUGUCUGUUGCUGCUGGGAUCCAGACAUCCUUGCGCCAGGGGCCUCAUCUGGGUGGCUGUCGUCCAUGGGCCUAUCCACUUCUGAGGCUUAUAGCCACUCUCUGAGGGUUAAAGUUUAGGGGUUGGGAAGGAUUAGGGUUCUGGCUUGAGAAAAUCAAGGACAAAUCUCCAACAGGACUGCAGAGGAGCUUGGAGGGAGUCUACUAGACUCCCCAUUCAGACCCCCUCCUAGGUCCAGCCUGAGAGAAGGAGAAGGCAAUGUGGCCGAAUGAUUGAUUGCCUGAUUCCUUGGGACUCUCUGUCUGUCUUCUGGGCGACUCUGCCAUCCAGUUCAAGCCCCCUUGACCUGACUAGGUUUCUCAGGAGCCUAGGAAGAUGAGAGGCUGCAGAUCUAGGCAUUCCUGCCAUCAAGACGUUCCUGACAACCUUGAUGCACGCUGAAGCACCUACCUGCCAGAGGCCCUACCUCUGGCCCCAGUCAGAGUGCCAGAAUUUUGAGGUAUGAUCUCCAUGAAGGCCUCCGUGUUUCCUCAGGAAUAGCUGGUUCUGGAUCUGUAUGCACGCAGGGCUUCAAUUCCUCCCCAUUUAUAGACUUUCCCCAUGCCCCAGAGCCCAUAGAAAGGAUGACAGGCACAAGGGCUGCAGAAACACAGCCCUUUCUUGGUCCAAGUGUGGGGCAUAAUUUAUGGAGUGUGCACACGUGGAAGGAAAGAGGCAGCUUUGUUAUGGAUGCACGGUGACCGAGGAAGUCCCGGAGCUGAGGCCAAAGCUGCACCAGCAUCCAGGAUCACCUGGCUUCCGGAUCCUCCGAAAAGCUGCUGCUCAGCCCUCGGGGCUCUGGCCUCCAAAAUACAGAAGGGGAAGGCCUGGUUACUGCAGGUGGGUUGUGUGGACUCAGCGGUCCUUGGGGAAUCCCAAGAACCCUGAUAUCACUGCUGAAGUAAAGCUUGCCAAAGCAAGCAGCUUCCUGUGUAGUCCUUAAAGAGAGGAAUGGGAAAAGGGAGAUGUCCAUCUUAGACAGAGCCCAGUCUCGGGAACCCCAGUGUGAGGUACAAAGGAGACCUAGGACUUUCCUGUCUCUGAACUGUGGCCCCACAGCUGUCUAGUAGGCUGGAAAGUAGUAGUGCAGGCCCAAUUCCCUGUGCAUCCAUGUACACGCAAGUGUACCGCUCAGGUGCCACUCCAAGCUUGCCUCUCAUGAACACUGUUGCCCUGGAGAUGAAUAAGUAAUAGAGACCCCAAAGACUUCAUCUGAAAACUCUGCCAGUAUAUACAGAGACAGUAAAAGAGUGAGCUGUGGCCUGGAGCCUGGAUUUGGAAA